AUGGAUUUGCUAGCUACUGUCAGAAAGGAGGGGUCGCGAGGGGGUCGUGGAGAGUUCAAGUGGUCUGAUGUUGAAAGCUCUUCCCACCGUGAGAAUUAUCUGGGCCACUCACUGAUGGCCCCCGUUGGUCGUUGGCAGAAAGGCCGUGAUCUCACCUGGUAUGCUAAAGCAGACGGUGAUGCCCAAGGUGACGAAGAUGCUGCCGCCAAAGCUGCAAGAGAACGUAAAGAGGAGAUCCAGAGAGUCAAACAGGCCGAGGAAGAUGCACUCGCCCGCGCUCUUGGUUUGCCAGUGCCCCAACGAAACAAUCCAAACAUGGAUGAGCUGGGGGCUCGACGUGAAGUUGACCACGCUUUGAAAGAGGUUGCACCUGGCGAGGACAUGGCGUCUUCCAGGGGUGUUGGCGCCGUCAUGGCGACCGAAGGCACCGAAGCCGGAGUCGCAGUGGCCAUCGGCACCGAGACAGCCAUCACAGAAGACACCGGGAAGACCGCCAUCGACAUAGGGAGCACCGAUCCCGGUCCCCACGGCGGAAUAGGUCUGACCGUGUGA